AUGUUAAGAAGGUUAAUAACAUCAAACCAGCAAUUAUUAACACAAAAUGAAAGGUUAAUAAUACUUAAAUAUUUUUAUACAUCACCAAAUCAACAACCAAAAAUAACAAAUAAUAAAAAUAUCACAAAAAACAAUCAUCACAAUAAUAGCAAUAAUGAAAAUAACGAUAAAAAAAAUAAAUUUAAAGGAGACUAUAAAAUCCCAAAAGUUAUCUCACCACCUGCAUUUCUUGCUGAAAGAAUAUCAAGUAUUUUAAGCUCAAUUUUCAAUUGUUUAAAUAAAUACCAAAUUCAAGAUUGUUUAUCCAAUAUUGAUAAACUUAAAUCAAUUAAAGUCGAAAGAUAUCAACCAAUGUAUUCAGUUUUUCAGAAAAUGUUAGAAAUAAUUUCAGAGGAACAAAAUAUUAAAAAAAGAGAUAAACUAUUAAAAGAAACAGUACAGCAUAUAGCCUUACAUUAUUCAGAAACAGAUCUCAUUCAAGUUUAUUGUUACAACCUAGUAAAUGAAAAGCAUUUGAUAGCUAGACAAAUAGAGAAUGCAAUGAGUGAACAUAUUGGUUUAGAGAAAAUCGAUUAUAUCACAAAUGAUAUCAUCAAAAAUUUAUUAUAUUUCAAUAGAGUCGAUCUGGCAUUAAGAGUCUUUAGAGACCGUUUUCAAUUGUAUCAUGUUGGCAACUCUAUGGGAAUAGUAAAAUUAUUUUUCGACUUUCAUAUAAACAGGGAUGAACUCGAUCAAGCAGAUGUUUGGGACAGCAGAAAAACCACACUAUACCACAACGAUCAAAAACUUCGACAAUUUUUUGCAGACAAAACCACCAACUUUAAUAUGGGUCUACUGGAUGAUCCAAAAGACUAUCGUCAUUUUUUCCAAAAAAUUCACUUUUUCUGUAAUGGCAAGUAUUGUGAAAAGAUUCCAAAAGAUAUACCACCCAAUCAACUACCAGCUGAACGUAGAGAUAAUAAAACAGUCCAAUAUCAAAUAGAACUUAGCAAUGGUAUUUACAAUAACGAUUGUGAAAAGAUUGAGGAGGCACUGUUGGGAUACUUUUUCGAAAAUAAUAUAAUACCAUGGAAAAACACUUUAAUCAAAGCAUUGGCUGUUUUAAAAAAGAAUGGGGAAUUAAACACCAAAUUCCCAGAUUAUGUUAACUCAAUUCUAACCUACAGAGACAGCCAAAAAGAUUUAGAACUCAAAUUUAAACUCAGCGACAUCGAUUCACUUACACAUAUUCCAGAUUUCCCAGUGAUGAAUUCAAUAUUAAGGGCUCUGUUCAACCAGAGUGAUGUCAAACUAUCCAUCGAUUUUUUCAAGGUACUCAGUAAUAUCAAUGGUUUUCAUUUCACUUUUAAAGCAUUUGAAUCACUUUGUGUAUAUUUCACAACCCACUUUGAAGAACUAUUAAAUAUAUAUUCACCCAAGGAAGUCGAGGAUAUGAUCGAUACCAUUACCAAACAUAAGAAAUCACACAAUUUACUCAUUCAAUCCAUCGAAUACGAUCAUUUAAUUAUCAAACAUCAUAUAAUGAAAUACCACAGAGUAGUAUCAAAAAUCAAGCACCAGGGAGAUCAACAAAAAGCACACGAGUAUUUCUAUAAUCUAGUUAAAAGGGUAUACAAUAGAAUGGCGAAAAAGAAUAAAACAAGUUUAGAAUUAUAUUUUGAAAUUUUAAAAUUAAACGAUGCUAAUUUAGACUUUGAGGGGUUAAAUUCAGUCUACAGCGAUGCUGUCCAAAACGAUUUAACAAGAGAAUAUUCAGAAGUCUAUAUAAUGAAACUAAUCAAAAAUAAAAGAUUCGAUCAAAUUGAAGAAAACCUCAACACCGACCCAAUGAUCAUUAAAGAUCUUUCUCAAAUGGUACUUUUAGAAUACUUUAAAUUAAUUCAAGAUAAUCCAAAAUUAAUUAUGAAAAGAUUCUUUGAAAAAGCAAGUCAAACCCAACAUUUUAUUCCAGAGCUUGUCAAUUUUGUAGAUGAAAUUAAUAAAUCUUCUCCAUCGCCAAACCAAAUGGUAUCUCAACUCAUUCAAUCAAUUAAAGAAAAUGGUUUAGAUCAUUUGGUACAACCUAAAAAGAAUGAUUUAAGUCCAAAUCAAAUCGAAGUUAUAAACAAAAUUAUAAAGACUUUAGAAAAGGGUCGUUAUGUAACAAAUUUACCUAUUUAA